AUGGAAACUGGCAUGAAGUCUUUAAUUUUCGCAGCUCUGACAUCUUUCUUGGUAACUGUGGUGAGAUGUGUGCCAAUCCAACAGACCCACAGCAACAAGAAGCCAAAUAAACUCUUGUUGAUCUCUUUCGAUGGAUUUCGUUGGGAUUAUGAUCAGGACGUGGAGACACCACAUCUGGAUUAUUUGGUAACCAAGGGAGUAAAGGCAAAAUAUAUUAAUCCACCUUUUGUCACCAUGACAUCGCCUUCACAUUUCACAACCAUCACAGGACGGUGGAUUGAAGAUCAUGGAGUUGUUCACAAUAUGUUUUACGACACGAAAACCCUGUUUAAACUACCACAUAAACUUACACUGAAGAAGACAGUGUGGUGGGAUAAUGGAGUACUUCCUUUAUGGAUCACAGCUCAAAACCAGGGAAAAAAAGUUGCAUCAUUCCAUUACCCAGGAGGAAAUGUGACCUAUGGUGGACAAGCAGUGUAUAGAUCUCUGGGGGAAUCACUCACUCACCCAGAUUCUAAUGAAACAGAAUGGAGAAUAAAUAUUGAUAUGGUCUUGGAUUGGUUUGAAAAGGAAGACUUCGAUUUUGUGACUCUUUAUUAUGGAGAGCCUGAUAACAUUGGGCACAAGGCGGGACCAGAAACACCACAGAGGCGGGAGAUAAUCCGACAGAUUGACAGAACCAUUGGUUACUUAAUAUCUAGUAUUGAUAGGCACAAUCUGAAAGACAGGCUAAAUGUUAUAAUAACCUCAGACCACGGGAUGACAACAGUAAAGAAAUACCCUGAAGUUGAUGAAAUCAGGCUGUCAAAAUUUAUCAGUUUUAAAAAUAUUAAAUUUGAAUUAUUAGACUAUGGAGGAUUUGGGAUGAUUAUGCCAAAGAAAGGAAAAACUGAAGAAGUCUACCAGGCACUGAAGAAUGCACACCCUCAUUUAAAAGUAUAUAAAAAGGAAGAAUUUCCUGAAAGAUUCCACUAUAGUAAAAAUGAUCGUAUUUUGCCCAUCCUUGUUUAUGGAACCAAUGGCUAUAAUGUAAAUGGGAGAAUCAUCAUUUACUACAACAAAGGAGAUCAUGGAUUUGCCAAUGAAGAAAUGGAUAUGAAGAUCAUUUUCCGAGCAUUUGGCCCAGAUUUUAAGAAUUCUUAUCUGGCAGAGCCCUUUGACAGUAUUCAUAUAUAUCCUUUGAUGUGCAAGUUAUUGGAAGUGACACCUGAACCGAACAAUGGAUCAUUGACAUUCACUAAUGGGAUGCUAGUAGAUCCAUCUGACAAAAGAACAGAUUAUCCAGGUCCUCAAGAGGACCAGGGGAGAUCAGUUCGCACCUCUGCAGUCAUAGGAUUAGGUUCUGUCCUUGCGUUUCUGUUCGUAGCGUUUACAAUUAUUGUGAUAUGGAAUGCCAUUCAAAGAAGUAAAAGAUCCAAGCAUGAAAAUCCUCACAGUGACGGAAAUCCAAUUUCAGCAACGGCGUUUUGA